UUAGGUCAGCAUUUUGAAGAGAAGAAUCUGGCGCCAUUCCGUCUCUUCCCGCAGGGAAACAUUCAGAAUUGAGUUUAUACCGAACAGUGAGUUGAGCGUUUCGGAGCAAAAUUCUGAAAAUGGAGACCGAAAGAGAAGUAGCGUGCAGGGAAAACGAAGAGCUAGCGGCGUACAUGUGGAAUAUGGCGGAAGACAAGAGAGGGAUAUCAGAUAACAUUUAUAAGACUCUUCACAAGGCCUACACUAACGUCUGCAACUCCAAGGCCCCUAUUAAGACCCUCCGAGAACUUUCUCAAAUCAAGGGUGUGGGGAAGUGGAUUUUGAAACUAAUGCAAGGCUUUUUUGAGACUGAUUCGGAGGCUCCUGGAAAUGAGAACUUGAGUGAUAAAGGGAAGAAGAGGAAGGGGACUAGGAGGUAUAUGCCACAGAGGAACUCUGUGGCAUAUGCCUUGAUAAUCACACUCUAUAGGGCCUUAGCAGAUGGAAAGGAGUUUAUGCGCAAACAGGAGCUGAUUGAUGCUGCGGAGGCUAGCGGUCUUUCCCGGGCUCCAAUCGGACCUGAGAAAGGAAAAGGGAAACCUGGGAUUGGAAACUCACCUAGGGACUGGUACAGUGGAUGGAGCUGCAUGAAAACACUAGUAACUAAAGGGCUGGUUGUCAAGUCUAGCUGCCCGGCCAAGUAUAUGCUAACAGAAGAAGGAAAGGAAACUGCACGUGAAUGUCUAUCAAGAUCUGGAAUUGUUACUUCUGAUCAAAGUCUGGUCAACAUGGAAGAAUUUUCAAAUUUGGAUGGGAAGGUCAUGGAAGAUGAGGGCUUCUCAGAAAAGGACAUGUCAGAUGUGGAAAUUGAAAGUGAAUCUUCAGAAAAACAAGUAGCAUUGCCCUGUCUUCAAUUGGGUGGGCAGAAGAAAGUGAUUGAUAUUCCCCCAGGGUGUCUUGACAGGUUUAUGGGAAUGGGGUUUUCCAAGGAACAAAUUACUCUUGCUUUUUCUAAGGUUUCAGAGACCUCACAAGGCAAGGACAUAUCAUCACUUUGGCCGACUGUUCUGUGUCAACUUCGAGAAGAUCAAGUCUAUGGCCUAAGUUCUAGUACAGUUGAGGAAAGAGUAGUCAAGACUGCUUGCAGGGGACCAUCUGAUGAUCCAAAGUCUUCUAGCUUUGCUGAUUUCAAGCAGAAUUCAACUACAUUGCUCGCCUUCCCAUCCCCUGCACUCUCUGUAGGCAGUAAGGGUGGAGAAUACUCAGAAGCUAAAUCUAGUAUUUUAUCGAUGCCACCUCUGACUUAUGGAGAGAGGUUUGAAGAUGUUUAUGAAGUAAUUUUGGUAUUGGAUGAUCGAGAGCAAUUUGUUAGUCAAGGGUCGCGUUCUAGGAAAAUUGUUGAGAACAUCAGUAUGCAAUUUAAAAUUCGAAUAGAGGUUAGACGGUUACCUGUUGGGGAUGCAAUCUGGAUAGCUCGGCAUAAAAAUACUGGCAGUGAAUAUGUUCUUGAUUUCAUUGUGGAGAGGAAGAAAGUUGAUGAUUUGCGCAGCUCAAUCAGAGAUAACCGAUAUAAAGAUCAGAAGUUGCGGCUUUUGAGAUGUGGGCUCAAAAAGAUGAUAUAUGUAGUAGAAGGAGAUGCAAAUGUAUCAGAAGCAGCUGAAAGCAUUAAAACAGCUUGUUUUACGACUGAGAUCUUGGAGGGAUUUGAUGUGCAAAGAACAGCUGGCUUGGGAGAUACAUUAAGGAAGUAUGGCUAUCUUACUCAGGCAAUUGAUCAUUACUAUAAAUCCAUGGAGGACAAGCAUAAAAGUCCUGAAAUGUGCCCUCCUUUUAAAGCAUUUAUUAGGAGGUGUGAGGAUUUGGACAAAAUGACCGUCAGUGAUGUAUUUGCCAUCCAACUCAUGCAGGUUCAGCCUAAAGACAAGCCAGUAGAAACCACCCGGUCUGCCGUCGGAACUGAGUUCCAGAUGCGAUCAGAACUCCCUGCCGUGCCAAACACUAUCGACGUGCUUCAAACCCCUGAAGCUGACCUUGCAACUGCUGGGAAUUUUAAAUUUACCACCGAACUACUUGAGAAUGGUAGCAUAGGUUUCUGGCGCCGCCGCCAAGAUACUUGCUAUGAACCCACUCCCAUUGAGAUACAGGUGACCCCAUUCUACGAAGGCAUCAUGACCACUCUUCAUGGCUUUCUCCGUCGCCUCUUUCAGUUGAAGGUCCAGAUCUCUAACUCCACUGCUAUUCAAUGCUGCGCCUCUAUCGCGCGUGUCCUUGCUUGCGGAUGCUGCAUUACAGCUUACCUCAAAGUCAAGAACAUUGUGACUUCCGAGCUUCCUGCUCGCCACACCUCAAAUAGUCUGAAAAUGCCCCGUAUCAGUGAUGCUUUAGCCGUCCCUGCUGGUUUCGCAUUUGCUAUUCAACAGUUAGGAGCUGUGAACGUUGCUGAUACACUUACAGAGCGUAUCUUCAUACCUUGCUUUCCUAAUGAGGGCCACUCUUUUGGCAUCCCAGAUGAUCAACUGGUCAAUUGGAAUCCCAACGCCUACGCCGAAGCGGUUGAGUAUGCAAGAACCUUAGGAAUGCGAUUUCAUAUCGUUAACCUGAAGAAGAAGGAUGGUACAGCGUGGUGGCUGUUUCGUCAACACUUUGCAGAAGGAUUUUUUGAGCUACAGUGUCCUCUGCCAGAAGUGAACAAAAUCGAUGUUGUAACACAUGCACAGUUCUUAAAUGGUGAACUGGCCAACCCCUCGCGAGCGUUUGUUGACCUCGCACCUCUUGGUAAUGACUCAUUCGGAGUCAUGAUGAGAAGUCCUCAUCUCGGUAUAAACCUGAGUUGCUAUGAAGCGAUCAGCCAAGAAGCCACUGACGUUGUUUCAAAUGUGUAAAAGUAUUCCCUACUUUUCAAACCGAUAAUGUUCAUUUGUUAGAUAAGUUUUUCAGACUCUUAUUGGACAAGUGUUUGUUUUAAGUAUGUGAACGUUGUACUUGAACAAUCUGCGAUAAAUCAAUCUGUUAUUUUGCUAA